AUGGAAAGCAAUAUCAAGAUCAGUCUUGUCGACAAGACCGCUCCCCGUCGUCCGUCGGACGAUGCGCUGGCGCAAUCGCACACCGCAACAACAGACCUCUCUCGGAAUAUCUCGAGGAAGUUCACCCGGGCAUCUAUACGAAGCGAGCUCGCCAAGCGCAAGUAUGCCAAAUGGCAGCCGGACCGUCUGGGUCUUACCGACGAUGAGGACAAUUCCGACCGCAGACUGUCCGAAGGGCGCGACCUGUUCACGACCGAGACGCGAACGGACACACUGGCAGGGGAGAGUCACUUGGCGGCGGGCCCCUCGUGGUCGCAGAGCUCUCCGGAGGACCAGCACAAUGUCGACUCGUCGGACGUCGACCAGCAGGGCGUCCGAGAUCACGAACAUGACGGCCACAACCACCCCAAGCUAUCGGGGCUGAAACCCGGCACCGAGCUGGACAUCCUGUACGAGAACCAACGGGGUUGGUUCUUCUUCGGCAUCCCCCUCUAUUCGCACAGCUCGCUGCUCAACUUCGACCCGGCAGCCUGGACGACGCCCGACGGUCGGGACAGUGCCGUCGACAUCACGAAAGCGCAGCUCCCGGACCCCAGCUGGGAGUGGGUCUGGAAGACCUGGUACGUGGACAUGUCCGGGGAUGUGGAUGAUCAGGGCUGGCAGUACUCCUUCUCGUUCGGCUCGUCGGCCUGGCAUGGGUCGCAUCCCUGGUAUCAUUCGUACGUGCGCCGUCGCCGAUGGGUCCGACUCCGAGUGAAGCGCGUGUCGGAGCGCAGUCGUCGGGGCCGGUCGGGUCUGGAGGUGGCGCACAUGCUUAACGAGGACUAUUUCACGAUCCACUCGGGGAAGGCGAAGACGAGGGCGCCGAGCACGGAUGGCCUGUCGCGCGCCACGUCCGGAUAUCUCAGUCGCGCGGCUACGAAGGUAGAGGAGGAGGUGCCAGUGGAGGAGAUCGCCAAUAUCCCGGCCUUGAUGCAUGCGUUGCGAGUGGCCAGAGUCGAUCGGGAGAAGAUGGACGCUCUGGAGCAGUUUAUGCAGGAGGGUGGGGACGAGCUCUUUUAUUUGGAUGGAAAGAUCCCGGAGAUCAUGUCUAUGUUUGUCUUCCAGGCUUCUCGGUGGCAGUACUUCACCCGCUUAUCCGAUGUCGUCGAGGAGCUGUCUCAGAGUAGCUCUGAAGCAAGUGGAAAGGAGGCAGCGGAGCUCCAGCGUAAACGCGAUCACCUUCAGAAAGCUGCAGAUGUAGCCCGGCGUCAUCUCACGGGGCCUGAAGUGCUGCAUUUCGAUAACCGGCACCUGGAGGCGGGGAUGCUGGACCUGACUCCAGCCCCGAAGAGAGGCAGUUUGUUGUCGAAGUACUCCGGCAAAGUCUCAUUCCGUCCUAUGGAUGACGGGGGUGAAAUCAAAGGAAUCCCCCAAGCAGCUGAAGUAGGGCGUGAGGGCCAUAUUUACCAGGUCAGUCCCUACGGGCUCUCGUCAAUGCUUUCACGCAGUCGGCCAUAUCUCACGAGGCGCAGAUUACCUGCUGUCCUGGACCACGUCGCGACUGCCCCCGAUGAGCCACUCCUCUUUCUUUACCCAUCCUGGUUUACGUCUCUGCCCGCGCAUCGGGGGUCGGCCUUGACAAGAAACCCCGCUCUUAGUUUAUCCAGACAAUAUCAUCGCCCUAGCAAACGUGGACCCAAUGCCCCCCGACUCUCCCCGCAGUCCUCGACCGGAAAUUAUUCGUCUAGACAAAUAACCUCUUCUUCCAUUGCCGUCGGAAGACGUGGCUUGGACAAGGAAGCCACAAAGCCUCAAGCAAAGCCUCAAGCUUCACGGACGUCGCCCCUUCCUCAACCGACGUCCGACAACACUUCGAGAUGGACGCCACCGCGGGUAAGAAGUCUUGCCGCGCUGUCUUCGAUCUCGCCCCGCGACAAAAAGAAACUACAACACCGACAAUCCGAACUCGACAACACGCGCAAAAACCAACAGAAAACGAUAGAGCGACGGUGGAAGGACCAGGCUGCGGUUUACGAGAGGAUGCUCCGGAUGAAUCGAGCAAUUCCGGCAAACGCUCCGUUGAAGUCCAACCAGCUGGAGCUAUAUCUAAGGGAGGAGACGAUAGCCGAAUUCGCCGGCUUGGUGUCGAGGGGCGAGAACAUUUUCUAUCGCCAUGUGUAUCACGGGUGCAAGGUGCAUGUUAAGCCGCUGUCGGAGAGCGUCGGGAUGUGUCGCCGGGUGAUCUUGGAGGGUCGACCGGCGGCCGUGGAGGAGGUCAAGAAAGAAAUGCUGGAGAUCGGGACCCUACAAGAUGAAUAUGAUCCGGUCGUCGACAUGCGUAAGCCGGUGGUUCCCAUCUACCCUCGGGUUGACCGACGGAUACACAAAGACAUACCCUUGGUUCGGGGCACGUGGGAUAUGCCCAAGGAUCCCACGGAGUUCACUGUGGAUCAGAUUAUCCGCCAGGGAGAGCUCCUAGCUACUGUGAGGGACUUUACGCACCACGUGGAGGAUCUCAUUACGUCUUGGCCCAACUCCAGGGAGCAGCCGGGUAAGCACGGUGCGGAUGUGGCCGAUGCUCUCGAGACGCUUUUCCUGAAAAGUGCCCACACAGAAUUGACAUCAACAGCGUCGUUGAAUCAAGCCCUGUCGUUCUUGCUAGAGCGCAAGCAGUAUUGGAUCGCACACCAGAUUUUCCACUCCGCGAAACAUGUUGCAACCGUGGAAACCUUCAACAUGAUGCUCAGGUCGACGGCCCUCGAGCAGAACCUGAAGCGGUUCAGGAACCUCUUGCAUGGUAUGGAAAAUCUGGGCAUCCGCGCAGAUGUCGAGACCUGGCUUGCUUAUGCUGACUGCUUUGUUUCUCCAACCAAGAAGAUGGCAGUAGUGAACAGUCUACGGCAGCGAGGGAUGCUGCAGGAGACCACGCUGCAGCGGACAGCGUUGCGCGCGGUGUUACACGACUUACUGGUGGAGCAUCUCCAUAACGGCGGCGACAUAAACUCUUUUCUGGAAAAGAUAGCCCGGGACUGGGACAGCACGAUGUGGAGCCCGAGUAUGGUCAACCAGAUGAUGUGCGCCGUCAUGCGAGUGAAUCAUCUGAAGGCGAGAGAUCAGCUGUUCCAAUUCUGCAGGCAGAAUGGCUUACGUAUCGAGCCUUACACUUUUUAUCUUCUCGUGGGCACAUGCAACAAGGGCAACAUCCUUCAGGCCCUGCAAUACAUGUACCAGACCAUGGAGGAUCCGGCGCGAGAACUCAACGUCGCCGGCUGGACGCGACUCUUCCUACACGCAUGGCACGGCGGAUACUACAACAUUUGCCGUGUGCUAUGGCGGUAUGCCUGCAUGAGAGGACAUGCGGCUUCACGCAUUGCCGAGCGAGUCUAUGAAUCCCUGCUGCACGAAGCUGGCCCGGAGACAACCUUCCGUAGGGCUGUCGCGGCGCGGCUCAUCCUCGGAAUCGAUCUGGGGUCGCCCAGGCCAACCUCGGGCGGGAGGUUUUAUAAGCUCAAAGGCUUGCCGGCCGAAUAUUCCGCAGACCCGGUGAAGUAUCUGUGCAUCCAGGUUGAUCCCACGGAGCGGAAUAACCAGCUGAACGUCAGCGAGGCGAUCCUUGCUCGCGAUAUGGAUGUGGCACGAUUCUACAAACCUCAGGUAUCACUUCGGGCGAUGCUCGACGCUGCGACUAUUGUGGAUCUCGAAUGGAAGGAACUGGCUCGCGAGAAGGCUUUCGCUCGCGAGGAGCCUCUGACCCUCGAAUGGAUGCGCGACAACAUCAUCCAGGUUAAAUUACUCCCGCAUGACCGCCAGGACGAGAAGAAAAAGAGGCAGAAGCAGCAGCAGCAGCGGUGGCGGCGGCGGUGA